GUACUCAGCUCAGAAGAGCACUUACUGAUCAAAUGCGCACUUGCACACACACACGCGGCAUCUUUAAGUUUCUUUCAUUUCAUUUCAAAUUUCAACUCUAGAGAACUUAUAAAGCGAAGGAAAAUGAGCGAAUACAGUGCAAAUCGGUGGGCUGCAAGCACCCGCGCUCCCGAGGCGACCGACACAAGCACGGGGAGACCGUUGUGCUAUCCGCAAAACGGCAGCAUCCGAGGCCACGCAAUACACCCACUUUUAGAGGAGGAUUACGUCCAUGUCGCGAACCAAGAGCCAGAGAGACAGGGGCAGGAGUGCAAAGAGCCGAAUGGACCACCAGCACAGAGCAUUCCCGCGAGCGGUGACCCACCCGCGGCGGAUCAUGGCGCAGAGAUACGCAAGCCUCUCACACCUCCUCCGUCAGACGAAACCGUGUCAUUUUUCGAGUCUGCGGCGGGGUCCAAAUCAGGGUCCACGCGCUCCAAACACGAUGUCAGCGCCGACGUUAACCCCGCUCUGAGCCCGAUUAUCAGGUCGGUCUUCGGACAGGACAGAGAAUUAAGACCAGAAGAACUGGAAGAGCUCAGCAGUGCAUUUGCUUUGUACGCCAGGAAAGGGUUAAUCAAAUGCGUGAACCUGGGAGACUGCAUGAGAACGAUGGGAUACAUGCCCACGGAGAUGGAGCUUAUCGAACUGAGCCAGCAGAUCAACAUGAACCUGGGGGGACGUGUGGACUUCGAGGAUUUUGUGGAACUGAUGGGGCCCAAGAUGUUACAGGAGACGGCAGACAUGAUCGGCGUGAAGGAACUGAGAGAUGCGUUUAAAGAGUUUGACUCUAAUGGCGAUGGCAUGAUCAGUGUCCCAGAGCUCCGUGAGGCCAUGAAGAAGCUGCUAGGGCAACAGGUAGCACACAAAGAACUGGAAGACAUUCUGAAAGACAUCGAUCUUAAUGGAGAUGGACGUGUGGACUUUGAAGAGUUUGUGCAGAUGAUGUCCCGCUGAACCUCGUCUGGAGGGACGGAGACAGCUGGAGUCUUCACCAGAGGAACCUCGGGAACACAACUUCUGACCUCAAAGUCCAGCAACAGACCAGUAGCACAACGUUGUUCCCCUUAUUCAUUACAGUCAGCCCCAGAAUGACUCACUCACAUGCAAUUAGAAACAUUGAACACAAACAAAUGUCUCAGUUAAUUCUCACCUUGAUCAUCUUACCCUGAAUAUAUGAGAGAAAACAAACCUUCCACCAAAUAAAAUUGUUCAAACAACAACAGCAGUAAAAUGUAUUUUCAACACUUCUGAGAAACACUUAUUGGCCCCCUUGCAUGUAACUGUGUGUUCUUUAAUCUAAUUUCCAACAUUAUAUAUCUCUAAUAAUGAUGGCUGAGUUGGAAAAGCAUGAAUGCACAAAGACCAUCUUCUACACAAAGUCUCUCCAGGUCAGAGUCUCUCCGGAUCAGAGCCUUCUUGCAUCUCUCAAGCUCAGCCCACAGGAUUUCAGCAGAGUUCAGGUCUACAAAAAUUUGAUUCUAUCCUCAGUGAACCAUUUUUGUGUGGAUUUGGAGGUCAGAUUUGCUUUGGAUCAUCGUACUUCUGAAGUGUCCAAACUCAGCCGAGUCUCAUCCUCCAUGUACUGGAACUGGUACCGGUACUGGUAUUGGAUGAACCUGGAACUGGUACUGAUGGCUAGAUUUGAACAUAAAAUCUCCUCAUAUUUUGUAGAUUUUAUGAUAGCACAUGUCCUAUUGGGAAAAGCAGCACCACAGUGUCUCACACACACACACACACACACUCACACAGACACACACACACACACACUCACACACACUCACACACAUUC